AUGGGAAAUUUUAUAUAUCCUAGAACAGCUGCAAAUAUAUCACCAGAUAAAUCAUUUUAUGAUUAUACUCUUAAAACACUUGAAGGAGAAUUAUACCCCUUAUCAUCACUUAAAGGAAAAGUUGUUAUGAUAACAAAUGUAGCAUCGAAAUGUGGCUAUAGUUAUAAAUAUUAUAACCAAAUGGUAAGAAUGCAUUCUGUAUUUGCUCCUUUUGGAUUUGAGAUAUUGGCAAUUCCAUCAAGAGAAUUUCUAAGACAAGAAUAUCUAGAUCCAAAAGAUAUUCGUAAGGCUAUUAAUUCAUUUAAUGUUGAGUUUCCUGUAAUGGAACUAAGUAAUGUUAAUGGUGAAAAUGCCCUAGAUCUUAUUAAUUUUUUAAAAUUUAAUACUCCAGAAUUAUAUGAUAGAAAUAAAAAUGAAUUAAAAGCUAUUAGUUGGAAUUUCUCAAGAUUCCUUGUUAAUAAAAGUGGACAAGUUGUUGCUUUUAGAACAACAACAACAAGUCCUGAGGAGUUAAUACCAAAAAUUGCAGAAUUACUUAAUGUUAAAAAUUAUCAAGAAUUACUUGACAAAUAUGAUCAGGAUUAUCCUCAAACUAUAGAAUAUCAAGCAGAUACAUGUAGUUUAAAUUGA